AAUCUGAUACCGGUAUAUCCCUACUCAUGUCAUUAAAUUUUGGUCAGAUGAAAUUUAUAUUUUUACAUUCAUAUUGACAUUUUAGCCAUUCUUAUGAGUUAAGUUCCAACCCUCAUCCAACAAUUAUCAUCUGGUUGGAAUUAGAGAAAAAAUUUCAACUAGUUGAAUUAAAUGGAUAAACUAUUUAAAAUAAGUGACCACACAUAUUUAUUAAGCUUUUGGAUGCUAUUUCCAGGCAAACAUUUAGAUCCAAUACUUUAAACACAACGACAAAACUGACAUUACCUGUUAUAUUGCUUCCCCAAUUACAGAAAGUUCUCUACAGUCAACCACACUCACUCAACAACGUUAUCCACAGUUCACACUUGAUCAAAACCAAGUACCAUGGAUUGCAAAAAACCAUCUUACUGGACAUUGCGAAGAAAAGCCAAGGCUAAGGUGGACAAACAACUCCAGUCAAUGGAAGCAUCACUACCAUCAUCAUGGAACAUGGAACAGUAUGGUGGCAUGAACAGUGACACAAGCAGCAUCGCUGAUGACAACAAUGACUUUAUGGACGGUUUGUCCCAUAUUGAUGAGCCUGAAUGUGUCACCAUGGCAAGUGCUUCACAUAGCAGUGAAUCUGACACAGACUCAGACACAGAUUCUGAACUGCAUCCAAAUUCCCUUAAUGAUGACUUGGCAACCUGGGCAACAGAACAACAAAUAACACAUGUGCCACUAAAUUCAUUACUUAAUAUCCUCCGCAAGCAUGAUCUGAAUCUGCCAAAAGAUGCCAGGACACUAUUAGGAACAGCGCGUUCAAAUAGAACUGAAGUCCAAAACAAGGCUGGUGGCCAGUACUAUCAUUUUGGUUUACUGGAAUCCAUUUCAGGUGUACUCUACAACAACAUGGACAUUUUGCGGAAUGUGAGCAAUUUGAAGCUCCAGGUGAGCAUCGAUGGUCUGCCUCUCUACAAGAGUUCAUCAACUCAAUUCUGGCCCAUUCUUGUAACUGUGCAACAUUUGGUGCAGGAGGAACCUGUGACAAUAGGUUUGUUUUGUGGUGAUAGUAAACCAAGCUCACUGGAUGAGUAUCUUGAAGACUUCAUCUGUGAAAUAAAAGACUUAAGUCAUGGUUUUGAAUUUGAAGGACUCAAGUUAACUUUACAGCUUACCUCAAUGAUUUGCGACGCACCUGCACGUGCUUUUCUGAAAAAAGUGAAGGGCCAUGCAGGCUACCAUGGAUGCGAAAAGUGCACUCAGGAUGGUGUGCACCUGGAGAACAGGAUGACAUUCCCUAGAAAUGAUAUGCCUCUUAGAAAUGAUGACAACUUCAGAAAUAAGACUGAUCCAGAUCACCAUCAUGGCAUCUCACCACUAGAAGAAACAUCCUUGGAUAUGGUCUCUGGAUUCCCCCUUGAUUACAUGCACCUUGUGUGCCUUGGUGUCAUGAGGCGGCUUCUCCACUUGUGGCUUCGACUGGGUCCUCUAACUUGCAGGCUGUCAGGAUUUCAAGCCACUGUGCUGACAGAAAGGUUGGUUGGUGCCAAAAAAAAUGUACCUAUGGAAUUUGCGCGCAAACCAAGGGCAGUGAGGGAAAUAGAUCGUUGGAAGGCGACUGAAUUUAGACAGUUUUUAUUGUACACAGGCCCUGUUAUGUUGAAAGACCUACUCAGCACGGAGGUAUACAAAAACUUCCUGCUGUUUUUUGUGGGAAUCUUCAUCUUGUGCAAUAACAGCCUAAUUGGUGAUCACAUCGACUAUGCCAAUGAUAUUCUGCGACUUUUUGUCACACACUUUGGACAGCUAUACGGCCCCAAAUUCCUGUCCUACAACGUCCACUGUCUUGUACAUCUUGCAGAAGAUGCAAAACACCAUGGUGUCCUCGACAACUUCAGUGCUUUCCAGUAUGAGGAUCACCUUAACAAGCUGAAAAGACUCCUGCGGAAACCUACAUGUCCUCUGAGUCAAAUUAACUUGGUAUUCAUCUAG